CAACGUCAAACCGCGUUUGGCACUCGCGCUGGCUGGUCGUGUACGGCUAUGGUGUGUGCGCUCGCGUCUCGGGUCAACUGUAUAUAACUGGGCGGUCGGGUGGAUCUCUUUCCGAGCCAAAGGAAGAGGCACUCCGCGAAAGUGAAGUGAUUGAAAAGUCUAUUUGGAAUAAGGUUACAAUUAAAUAAAAUUUGUGAACUGUGCGAUUCAUUUGCGUGUAAUAAUAAGUAAUCUCUAUUCUGUGGUACGAAAUCUGCUUUGGCGUACCAAAUCAUGCUCAAGUUUGGCCGGAAAUUGAUGUUUUUCAAUGGAAGAAAAUGAUAAAAGUUGAGGAUCAUCAUGCAAAGAGAAAAUGGUGAGAAGAGAUUUCUGGUGAGUGGAAAUGAUGGUUGAUGGCUUGUAAAAGAAGAAUGAAAGAAAAUUUUUGCGAAUGCAUAACGCCACUUACUGGUACAGAAGUGUUGAAAAAUGUGAGCGAUUUUGUCUAGCGCGAUCAAUUUUAAACCGUACAGUCAGCAUCCGAAUGACUGAUGAAAUCAGUCAUCUGAAUUAUGAGUAAAAUAGUGAAUGGAUAUCAAGUUUGCCUAGUUCCGCCAUCAAACGAAAAAUGCCACAGAAUUCUCCUAGCAAUGAAAUAGGCCAGAGAAAUGUAUUGAAAUAAUAAUAGGAAAAUAAUGCAUACCAAGUGAUAAAUUAUAGGGCAGUGGCGAAACGGUCGUAGCCCGAACGCAUUAACAAGGAGUGUAAGUGCAUUCGUGGGAAGGAGUUGAAGUGGUAAACAGAAUAUGUACACGGAGCCGAAACAGCGAGGGAGUGCUGCUAGGUGGAAUAUAUUCACGGAUCAUUCAAGGCGAAGGUGCGAAUAGUGGUGCGGCUCCCCGGAAAACGCGGAGAUUAGUAUCUUGUGUUUCAGGCCGGUGCAUACCGCAGCCCGGAGACAAUUGCAGUAAUGGAAAAAUGAAUAUUCAAAUAUAUCAUUGGAGGCGAAUGCUUUAUUCUAGCCGUCGAGUGAGACCAAGUCGGCAGUAGCCAUCACGUAGUUAUCAUAAGCUGCUGAGCCAGGAGUAAACCCCACGGGCGCAUCAUGUCUGGCGGCAAAGAUCGACGAUCGCGGGCUAGUAAAACCCAGGGCUGGGAGGAAGCCGGUGGAGAGUUCUACCAGGAAAGCUAUCCGGCCGAUCUGGAAGGGAUGCAGCGGGAUCCAUCGAAGAUUGCCACUCUGCUACCCUCGAAACAAACCAGAAAUGCCACCACUCGGCGUGUGCGACCAUCCCAGCAGGAUACGAAAGGAACGCGCAGGAGAACGAGCUUUUCCACAGCAGCUCGAAGGGGCUCGCAGUAUCACGAAAUUCAAGUGGCCACACUACCCGAUCUGUCAGAAAACCUUAUCAACGAAGAACGUACAUGGGAGGAAAUACAGGAAAUCAAAUCAAUGCCCGUUCCGAUGGCACAAAAACGUGAAAUGAAAGCUCAACUACAGAACGCCACCAAACUGCGCCUGCAAGGCUUCGAACAAAUCAAGUGGCGCCGCCGGAAAGCGUGGCAAAGCAUCCGGGCCAAGUGGAGCGAGUACCGCACCAAGCUGGAGCUGUGGCGAAUGUCACUGAAAACCAUAGAGGGCAACUUCGGCACCGGAGUGGUCGCGUAUUUCCUCUUUCUGCGAUGGCUGAUGUUUCUCAACCUGAUCGUGUUUGGGCUGAUGUCGAUGUUCAUCGUACUGCCACAUCUGAUCCUUACGGAGCCCCAGGAUGUGCCCUGUGAGCAACAGCAGGAUCCGACCUCGGUAGAAUGUUGCUCGGAGUCGUACGUAAAUGCUACGCGAAACGUGCACUUCUCUGUGCUGGAUGUCAUACAGGGUACGGGCUUUAUGGAGGGUACACUGUUAUUCUACGGGAUGUACACCAACAUGAUCUAUGGGUAUAGUCCUCUAGAGGACCGUCUCGCAUCGUUAGCCAUCAGGACAGCAUCGACGACGACAACAACAACAACGUCGACAACGAUGAUGACUACGACAAUGGCGCCAUCUAAUAGCAGCAUCAGUAGCAGCAGUAUUAUUAGUACUACAGCGGCUAGUGCCACCGUUAUGAGUGCGGUUGCGGAAGAGAUAAGGAGUAGUAACUUCAGCAGUCUAAACGACAGUUAUUUCGAAGCAUUCAUGAUGGAAGCGGAGGAAGCUAUCGACCAAAGUAGAACUGGAGCAAGCUCUGGUACGGUUCUGUACUACGACUUCCCCCUAGUUUACGUGAUAAUAACGGCCAUUUGCUACGUGGUCGCGUUGAUUGCGAUCAUGAAGGCAGUCGUUCGGCAGUUCAAAGAUCGCAUUGCCGAGGGCGAAGGUCUGUUCUAUCAGUACUGUAAUUUAGUCUUCGGAGGCUGGGACUUUUGUAUUCACAAUGAAAAGUCCGCUGAUAUUAAACAUAAGGCACUUUAUAAUGAGAUUCGUUCGCUGCUUCAUACGAAGCGUUUCGAAAAUGAGCGUAUUAAUCGUUCGCGAGAUUUUAUGGUUAAGCUUAUUGCAAUACGAUUUUUCAUUAAUUUUGUAGUCGUGAUGAUACUGCUGAUAGCAGUAGUGAUUAUAUACGUACUGUUCAACGAGUCAAUGUCCAAAUUAGAGCCAAACUUUCAACCCAAUCAUUUGGUUAAUUUUCCUCGCGUUCCGUCAUGGCAAACGAUCUCCUCGUUUGGAUAUUCCACUACAUUGGAGGCGACGUCAACUAGCUCAACUCCUCCAUAUUACAUGAUCUCACGAGAUUCUUCCUCCUCGCCGACAAUGACGGACCAAAUAGAGUACAACCUGUCCCAGCGGUUAGAAGUGCUCUUCUACGAGUUCCUUCCCUAUAUUGCGAUCGUAUGUAUGAAUCUUGUAGUUCCACUUUUCUUUAACUACCUUGUUCAGUUCGAGAAAUAUUCUCCACUAUUUGUAAUCAAAAUCUCUCUCUUCCGGACCGUAUUUCUGAGACUGUCUUCGCUGGCAGUUCUGUUAAGUCGGUUUUACUUUCUCAUCAAGCCCAAAUCGUUUCAAACGGCAACAAACGGAACUGAUUUCUCAGCUUAUUAUACCAUUGAAACUAAUUCCACCUCGAUUGAUCAAUGUUAUGAUGCUACCCGUGGCACACCUCAAUGCUGGGAAACGUUCGUAGGUCAGCAGUUCUACAAACUGUUCAUCGUGGACUUCGUCACCCACUUUCUGGUGACAUUUUUCGUCAAUUUUCCUCGUGCCAUUUGCGCGCGGCACUCCAACAGUCGUAUUGCGAAGUUCAUCGGAGAGCAAGAAUUCGAGCUUUCGAAACAUGUGCUGGAUGUCAUCUAUUCGCAAACCCUCUGCUGGCUUGGAACAUUCUACACCCCUUUCCUUCCCUUGAUAGCAGCUGUGUUGUUCUUUUUUAUGUUUUACAUUAAGAAGUUUGCCUGUCUCGUCAAUUCGAAUCCUUCUUCAAUUUUAUAUCGGGCGUCACGAUCGAAUUCCUUGUUCAUGUCAACGCUGCUGAUAUCCUUCACGGUUGCGAUCAUACCAGUAGUCUACGCAUGUGCCGAGAUCAUUCCUUCCCGAUCAUGCGGUCCAUUUCGAGGACUUCCUUCGGUCUGGGAUCGGGCCAUAAAUGCUUUCAUGAAGAUGCCAUUGUUUUUCCAAAACAUCAUCUUCUACUUCGGCACGGCUUCUUUCGCGGUUCCGUGCUUUGUGGUUCUUACCUUCUUCAUCUACUACUAUUAUGCCGUUUCGGCAGCCAACCGGCAUAUGGUAUCAGUUCUCAAGCAUCAGCUUGUUCUAGAGGGACACGAUAAGCAGUUUCUGCUGAGCCGUCUUAGCUUGUUCAUCAAGCAACAGCAGGAGUACCAAAAACGUAUGAUGAGACAAGCAGCUGAACAGGGAAUGCUCCCCCAGCAGGCAAAUAAUAUACAACACUCGAACACUCCUCCGGUAGCUCCACCGAAACCGGUGCAGCUGAAACAGGACCCUCAAGAGCAGCAACCUCCGUUGCCUCCUCGGGCAGAUCGGGACUCGAAGCCAAGCAGUAGAGACCGCGACCGUAAGGAGAAUGCUUCGGGAGAAUGCAAAUAAGCCAAUCAAAACCCGUGGAAGCUUAGACAGCGGAGUGAUAGAGUUAGCAACAAUCUCUCAGAUAUCACUGAAACUUCAAGUUUGGUCGCAUUUGUAGUUUUGGCAAUUUGGAUACUUCAAAUGUUUAAAAAUACAUCCUUUUGGGUAAGGUUUUUGUUCGAAUUUUUCACUCAAAACAGCAAAGUUUAUUAUUCAUAUUGUCAUAGAAAAUACUCAACCAUACAUUUUAUAGUCAAAUUUGACGUUUUUUUGAAACAUUUUUUCUGGAAAAAGCGUAGAAGGCGCGAAAGAAAACUGUUUCAUCAUAAAAGUACCCAUCUUAGAAAGUAUGAAUGGCUUCUAGAAAAAAAAAUUAUUUUAGCUCAAUCAAUUGCCCUGAUUUCAUUAUUCUACCAAAAUUUUAAUUCUAUAGUUUUUUAGUAAAAAAUAUAUCAAAAUCAUAUGUCUUAUUUGAAAUUUCAAGUAUGCAAAGCUGCUUGAAUUGCUGAUGUCACCAAACUCACAAAUUUUCAUUGAACUCUGAGAGUGCUAUCAACGGAUUGGCUUAAUAUCCCUCAAAGUCCUAUGCCACCUAAUCGGGAUAGCCUAGACUAACGUCUAGUCUCGGUAACAACUGAUCACUUCCAAAUAUGCCAACAUAACCGAACCCGAAGUCCGUGAGCGAAAUUUCGUCACACCCGGAUAGACUGUAUAGUUUGAGAUUGUAUAGGUUGUUCUACUAUCUUCCUAGUUCUAGUAUUUUUCUUCGAUGUUCUGUCUAGCUUUUUUUAGGUUAUUUUCAAAACUAAUGAAUGAACACAACAUAAGCGAAAACGUGAUAUUAUAUUCCACCUUUUUGUAAGCGAACUAUGACUAAAUUAUUUAUUUAAAUUUUAUAGCAUAACUAGCGGAACACAAUCGAACGAAUAUGAUUCCCCGGUUGCCAUCUGCUGAUAGGAUCGCGAACAAACGCAGUUCAAUGUUAGUAAAAUUUUUAGAUGUAAGUCUUAUACGUUUUAAAAAAACGCUAGCUAAACUAUAACACAAAACAAAUGGGCGAAAUUGCAAAACAAAAGUUACGUCUCCUUUUAAAAAUCACUUUCAGUAUAAACAUAAUCUAUAGAUUAACAGCAGCAAUUAUCGAUAUUUGAUUAUUUCAACAUAACUAUUAUUUCGUUUGCAGUGCUUGAUUGAAUAACAAAGGAUGACUAGUUAAAGGAAAUUUUUUAUACACACAAUAAAAGUACAGACAAGAGACUGCCAUUUUGCGCUAGUUGUAAACUAACUGAAAAACCGAACAAAUUACGGUACGAAUACAAAUAUAGAGAAAAUACAUUAUAGAAGCAGCAAACAAACAAACUAAAUAAGUGUAAAUAAAAACAAUAAUCUCUAUCCGUCAGUCAGUAAUCGAUCAUCACAAGUAGAAACUCUGUCAUUUAGUAUUCAAUACAUUAUCAGAUGCUUUCAUCUUAUUCAAGCCGUAGUCAAUGUGCAAAACCAUUUCAGCGCAAACGUACAUGUAAAGCAAGUUCACACGAAAAAAAACACAAUUGCAUUUGUAUUGAAUCAAGUCCACAGCAUAAGUAUCAAGCUUUGUAGUGUUUUCCAUUCAACGCAGCAGCAUAGAGUGCUGUUCAUCAUAAGCUAAAUAUCUAUUUGCACGAAGAAAAUAUGUUUGUUCAAAGUUCAAACCAUCACCACGCCACACACUUAUUGGAGAACAACUUGAUAUUCAUCAUCACUACACAGAAGUGUUCGAACUCCACCAGAGAUUUGAAUAGCAAGAAAAACUCUUCAUAUACGUAAAUGAAGCUACAAAAAAAAUACAAUUCGGUGUAGAUCGAAUGUAUAGCACUAAACCGAACAACAAAGCAGGAUUUCACAACUCAGCAAGCACAUUCGCGUACACAAGAAAUGCGACAAUUAUUCCAGUAAACAUUAACUGAGUGGAAACGUAAACUGAACGCAUAUUCAACAAAAAGCAGCGCGAUCCAAUUUGUGUAAUUUCUAUUUGUAUACAAACCGAGGGAUAAUAGUGACACAGCCGCGAACAAAGUAAAAAAACAACAACAAUGAAUCAAAAAAUAAACCUUUGUAUAUAAAAUUAUUCUAAA